AUGAGCGAAAAUGAAUUGGUUAUUGCAUCGGAUGAUUCUGUUUGGGGACGAAUUACUUUAUUAGUUCGUUCAUUAAUGGGCGAAGCUUAUACGCCAAAGCAUCGUGCACAAUUUUAUGAAAUUCUUCUAACGAAAUCUUUGGAUAAUCGUGGAUUUGAGGAAAACGAAUUGAAGUACAUGAUUGACAAAAAAAUAGCUGAAUUGAAUCUUGAAGACCCAGAAAAAGCAAAACGUUUUGUUUUCUUAUUAGAUCGUUUGAAGAAAUUGUAUGAAGAUGGCGAUAAAAUUAUUGGGUUUUUGUUUGCUAUGUCGAGUGAAAAACGUGAGAAAUGCGUUGAACACGUUUCAGAAAAUAAGAAUCAUACUUCCAAGAGUUCGAUCAAGCGCAAUCCAUUAACUGAUUCGUAUUUUAAUGCUGUAGUUCAUUUCAAUCCCAUAGCUGAAGUGCAAGUGAAUUCGAAUGAAAUUAUUACCGUUCCUCUAUAUGACACAGAUAUAUUCUUUCUAAACUGUAAAUCGAAAGGAUAUUUUUUUCAAUAUGAAUUUGCAUUUUUCGAUGAUGCUGGUGAAUCUGCUGUAAGAAAUCUUAUUCUGGGUUUUGCUGGAAGACUGGAUCCUAGAAUCACUGAUCCUGAGCUGCGACAGCUUUAUAUUCCUUUUCGCGAAUUUUUGAUGGUUUAA